AACUAAACCCAAGAAAAAGCAAAACCAUUUUCUCUCUCCUCCCUGUUCAAAAUCAUCAUCAUCUUCUUCGAUAAAGUAAAGAAAAACACUAAGGAGAGGGAAAGUUCUAGAGAGAGAAACUGAUAAAGUACUACUCGUAUAAUAGAAGGAAUCUUUUCUAGGGUUUGGAAUUUUUCAAUGGCGAGUCCCCGGAUUCCGGCGACUCCUUCGCCGGUGAAUUUGAGGGCGAUUACUAUUACGCCGGGAUCGAGGAUUCUAGAUGUUUCUUCUCCGACGACUAAUGGCCGGAUUUCGGCUUUUUCCGAUGAAGGGAUCUGGAAGCGUCUUAGUGAUUCUGGCUUUGAUGAAGAUUCUAUUCGUCGUCGUGAUAAAGCUGCUCUUAUCGCUUAUAUAGCCAAACUUGAAGCUGAGGUUUAUGAGCUUCAACACAACAUGGGCCUUCUUAUUUUGGAAAAGAAGGAUUAUGCUUCUAAGCAUGACGAAGUUAGAUUAUCUGCGGAUUCAGCUGAAGUAAAUCAUAUGCGCAAUCAAGCUGCAUUAUCAUCGGCUUUAGCUGAAGCAAAGAAGCGAGAAGAUAACCUCAAGAAGGCCUUGGGAGUGGAAAAGGAAUGCGUUGCAAAUAUUGAAAAAGCCUUGCAUGAAAUGCGCACUGAAUGUGCUGAAGUGAAGGUUGCAGCAGAGUGUAAAACUGCUGAAGCUCACAGUAUGUAUGAAGAUGCUCAGAGAAAGUAUGCUGAGGCUGAGGCAAAGCUGCACUCUGCCGAAUCUUUGCGAGAUGAAGCAAGGCGUAGUGAACGAGCUGCAGGAAGAAAACUUCAGGAGGUUGAAUCUCGUGAAGAUGAUCUUCGCCGUAGAAUGGCAGCUUUUAAAUCCGAUUGUGAUGCCAAGGAGAAAGAAAUUGUGCAUGAAAGGCAAUCACUGGUGGAGAGGCAGAAAGUUUUGAGUGAAUCACAGAAUAAGCUGCUUGAUGGUCAAGCUUUGCUAAAUCAGAGGGAAGCUGAUAUCCUUGGUAGGUCUCAAGCGCUGAGAAGGAUUGAGAAAGAGCUGGAGGAUCAGAAAGAGAAUAUUGCUGCCGAAUGGAAGAAAUUAAUGGAGCAGAAGUCUAAUUUGGAGCUAAAUGCAGUUUCCCUUUCUGAACGAGAGAAGGCUGUCAUUGAAAAGGAGGUGUUUUUAAACAAGAAAGAGCAAGAUAUGCUUAUUUCACAAGAAAACCUUGCAAGCAAGGAACAGAUUGAAGUCCAAAAACUCAUUGCUAAACAGGAGAAUGAUUUGAGACGAAGAAAGGAGGAAUUUGAAGCAGAGUUUGUGGUGAAACAGAAACUGGCUGAAGAAGAUAUUGAGACAAAAAGGAGGGCCUGGGAGUUGCGCGAGUUGGAUCUUAAGCAGCGGGAGGAUAUUGUUUUAGAGAAGGAGCAAGAUUUGGAGGUGCAAGCUAGGGUGAUAGCUGAUAAGGGUAAAGAUUUAACGGAGAAGAUAAGAGCUCUGGAAGAGAAGGAGAACAUUCUUCACAAGUCUGAGAAUGAGGUUGAGGUAAUGAAAAAUACUUUACUAAAAGAGAGGGAAGAGAUUGAUAAUGCAAAGAUUGACCUAGAGAAGUCUUUGCUUGAUUUAGAAGAGAAGAAAAAUCAUAUAGCUGAGGCGGAAAAAAGGUUGGAUCUCAUGAAGAGCGAAUCAAGUGAGCUUCUCAUUUUAGAAACAAAACUGAAAGAGGAGAUAGAUUCAAUCAGAGCUCAGAAUUUGCAACUUGAGGCUGAAGCUGAGAGAUUAAAAGUCGAGAAGGCAAAAUUCGAGACGGAGUGGGAGGUUAUUGAUGAAAAGAGGGAGGAGCUGCGAAAGGAAGAAGAACGCAUAGCUGGGGAGAGACUGGUGAUCUCCAAGUUUCUCAAAGAUGAACGCGAUAGCCUAAAUUUGGAGAAAGAGGCUUUGCGUGAGCAAUACAAACGGGAUUUAGAAUCACUUUCUCUUGAUCGAGAAGCAUUCCGGAGCGAGAGUCAACAAGAACGUUCUGAGUGGUUCACCAAAUUUCAGCAAGAACGUGCAGAUUUCUUGCUGGAGGUUGAAUGUCGGAAGAGAGAGUUGGAGGAUUGUAUCAAUAAAAGGCGUGGAGAUAUUGAAAGCUACUUAAAAGAGAAGGAGAAGGCCUUUGAAGAAGAAAAAAAGAGAGAACUUCAAUAUAUUAGUUCUCUGAAGGAAGAUCUGAUUAUGGAACAAGAACGUGUUGCUUUGGCAUUGAAGAAGCUUGAAGCUGAAAAGUUAGAUAUCAGAUUGGACCGUGAGCAGAGAGACAAGGCAUGGGUAGAGCUACAGAGUCUGAUUGAAGAGCUUCAGAUGCAACGACUUAAACUAAAGGAGCAGAGGGAAUUACUGCAUGCUGAUAGGGAAGAGAUAUAUUCUCAGAUGGAACAACUUAAGAAGCUAGAGGAUGUGAAAGUCGAUGGUGAUAGAUUUGUAGUGUCUCCCAGAAAGCAAAUCUGUGCAGAGUCAACCCCUGAAGUACGCUCAUGCAUUCCUUCUAUGGAGCCAACUCAGAAAGUCACAGCUGUGGAAGAUGGGCAAGAUACUGGGAGUGAUUCACCACCUAGCUCUACCGUUUCCUGGUUGAAAAAAUGUGCUACGUUGAUAUUCAAACCUUUACCUGAGAAAGUUCCAUUGAAGCACAUGGAAUCAUCUUUGAACAUGGAGUGUGAGGAAAGAAACUCAGGAUUUUCGGAAAAAGAAUUAAUGAGUACUCAUGACAAAUCAAAACUGGGAGUGCCUAGAGAAAGUGCAGACCAGACUCCUGGAACUGCUUCAGAAGAGCCGAAAGUGAUUCAUGAAGUUCCUUCUGUGGAUGAAGGUUUAACAGAUCUGGAAGCAACAAAAGAUGUGCAUGAAAGCUCUGCCCCUCCUGCAGCAAGUGCUGGGCGAAAAAGAAGAGUUGAUGACUCUGUUCCUGGAAAUGAUGCUGUGCUUUUGAAUGAUGAGAAAGCUAACAAGAGGAGGCGGCAGCAUCUUUCUGAUGCUCCUGACAGUAAUCCUCAUUGUUCGUCGACACAAUGUACAAGUAAAGAGAAUGAAGUUGAUGAAGGUGAAAACGAUUCUGAAGUCUCCCCAGAAAUGACUGAAUCUGGCAAAUCUUAUCAUCAGGCCAAGCAAAUUGACUGUGAUAAAUCUGUACUGGUAGAAAAUGAAGCAUUCAGGUGUGUCAUUCAGAAGCAAACUGUGAUACAGGAAGUGCUCAUAAUGGAGGAUGUUGGAGAGGCAAAGAAAGUUCAUGAGGAGGAAGAUGCUACUGAGAUAACAGAGCUUGAGGAGGAGGAUCCUUCAAACGCCAAAUUAAAUAGCUCAGAAAUUGUUCCGGAGAGAAGAACACGGUCAAAGUCCAAGCAGAAAUCAUAAACAGUUGGUUCUAUCAACUGCUCUUGUGGUUAUGCUCAAGUCUUCUGUGUUCUGGAUGUUGGCAUUUACAUGCACAGUUUUAAUUUGGAGCAUGCUCAAUCUAAGGGGUUGGGUGAGCUCUUUUGACCUAGUUCUCCAGUAAUCUCACUUGUGAGUUGUGACAUAUACAUGUAAAUGACUUAGAUAAUAGUGUGAUUCAGGGUGUAUUUAGUAGAUUCUUGAUAUGAUGUCUCAUAAAGAGUGUUGGGACUCGUGUUACCAUAUGAUUGGCAGUGUUGUUCUACCAAUUGAUUAGCAGCGUUUUUGCUGGUGUAGUGGUGUGUAACAGGGAGCACUUUUUUGCUGCCCUGCGGCUAUGUUAGCUUCAGAGUAUAUUAAUGGUUUUGGAUUGGUUCAUAACUAACGGAUCAUCUUGAAUGUAUACUGAAUGGUAAUUUCAAUCAAAUUCUUGAGAUUUUAUGGCAUCUUUAAUUCUUUGAUGUCAUUGGUUCA